UGUGUGAGUAUCCCUCAUUUGACAGUAUCCUCAUCUCAUACAGUGGGUUGUUCUCCAUGUUGUAGUCUGGCUCCAGUCUAUCACCAGCUGAGCCUCGAACAUGGACACCAUAAGCAGAGUUCUCCACCACAUCACACUUCUCCUGCUGUCUGUUUUUAUAAUAUAAUCAACACUUCAACAAUGAGGCAACUUACGUGUCCUUUUAAGCAAAACAAUGAGUACAACAGAUAUUGUGAUGACAAGAAGUGUCCCAGCAGC